AUGACUAUCUUUGACGACAUCGGUGAUGGCUUCAGCAGUGUAGUUAAGGCUGUUGGCAGUUCAGUCAUAAGUGAUGCCGCCCCGUCCCCCCGCACGAUUGCCGCUUCUCUCGUCAACAAUACCCAGCAGACAUUGACUUGGGUUGACUCUGGGGUCGAUCACGGCACCCGAGAUGACCAUGCGCCGGAUACAAUCGGGCCUGGCGAUACUGGAAAGUGGAGUUUGAAGUCUGACGGGUUUCAGACAGGAUGUGAGGGCUGGAUGAAAUGGAGGAUCGGUGAUAACGGGCCUAUCGUUAGGCUGGAUUAUGAUAACUCGUAUGUCGGGUCUAAUUCUUAUUCUUGCAGUGUUGACUCCGCUGAGUAUACUGUUGAGAGGCAGGGCGGGACUGGUGAUUUUGCUACUGUUAAGUUUAUUGUCAGCAGCAACUAA